UUCCUCGCCGCCCAACCAGCUCCCUUCCCCAGGGAAGGGGGGGUCAUCCUCGGCCUGUCGGUGUUUCCCUGUCCCUACCGCUCGCAGCCGGUCCCGGCUCCGCCAUCUCGCCGGUUCGGCGGAGGUGACGACGUGUGAGCCGCGCCGGGCGGAACAGGAGGUGCCUCGGCGGCCGGUGAUGACGCACACCCGGUCCCGGUAGCCGGUGGGGAAGCGCCGGAGCUGCCGCCGUCAUGGGAGGGGGCGACUUGAACCUGAAGAAGAGCUGGCACCCCCAGACCCUGCGGAAUGUGGAGAAGGUCUGGAAAGCCGAGCAGAAACAUGAGGCCGAGAGGAAGAAGAUCGAGGAGCUGCAGCGGGAGCUGCAGGAGGAGCGAGCGCGGGAGGAGAUGCAGAGAUACGCGGAGGACAUGGGCACUGUGCGGAAAAGAGAAGAGAAGCUGGAGUGGAUGUACCAGGGCCCAGGGGGCAUGGUGAACAGAGAGGAGUACCUGAUGGGGCGCCCCGUGGACAAAUACAUCUUUGAGAAGGGUGAAGAGAAGGAUGCUGGCUGCUCCAACGAGACUGGGCUCCUCCCAGGCUCCAUUUUUGCCAAGUCAGGUGCCAAUUCUGUCCUGGACAUGGCCAACAAAAUCCGGGAGGAUCCACUGUUCAUGAUCAGGAAGAGGGAGGAGGAGAAGAAGAGAGAAGUUUUGAAUAAUCCUGUCAAGAUGAAGAAAAUCAAAGAGCUGCUGCAAAACAGUUUGGAUAAAAAAGAGAAGAAGAAGAAGAAGGAGAAGAAGAAGAAGCACAAGAAGCGGCGGCAUCGCAGCUCCAGCAGUGACAGUGGCAGCAGUGAUGGGGAGAGGGGCAAAACCAGGUCUCAGAAGAGGACAAGCAGUUCCUGCUGGAAAACUGCUCCUUCCAGAGCUCCAGGAUAUGGUUUGCAAGAGCUGAGCCCGAGGCCCCGGAGCUCCCCGGCCGGCCAGGAGGGGGCCCCGCAGCGGCACCGGGAGCGCUCCCGGAGCCAGAGCCGCUCCCCCCAGAGACGCCCCGGCAAGAGGAACCCGGAAUGCAGGGGGUCGGGAUCCCCUUCCAGACACAGCAAACACCACAGUCGGGAGGAGAAGGGCAGAGCCAGGAGCCCCUCCCCAAAAAAGAGCUACCGCCGCCAGCACAGCCCGGGCUACACCAGAAAGAUCUCCCAGGAGGAGCUGGAGAGGAAACGGCAGGAAAUGAUGGAAAAUGCCAAGUGGAGGGAAGAGGAGAGAGCAAACAACCUCAGGAAGCACCGAAAGGAGGAGGAGCUGGAGAGGGAAGCAGAGAAGCUCGACUCCCGAGAUGGGAAGUUCUUCCACCGCCUGAAGCUGGAAAGUGCAUCCACCUCCAGCCUGGAGGACCGGGUGAAGCGCAACAUCCACUCCCUCCAGAGGACUCCUGCUGCCUUGGAAAAGAACUUCAUGCAGAGAUGAAACUUGUUCUUCCUCUGCUCCUGUGCAGAAGUUCGAUGGACACUGAUUCCCAAAGGUGAGACACCUCCAGCACAGGCUCCCUGCUCCCCACAGGAACUGUUUCCAUCUCCCAGGGAGGCGCUGGAAUUCCGUGCUGCAGCCCCCGUGGUGUGUUCUGGACUGGUGGGCUAGGUUUGUACUGAGGGUGUGACCUUUGCUGGAGAACUUGUGAGCCUUGGUAUUCUAUUUUGAAGGCACUGUCAGAGCUUUUCCUUCUCUCUCCACCUGGACUGGUAUAAUGUUGGGGUGUUACUACCAGAUGAUGGGGUGAUGUUAUUACCAGAUGGGUGGGAACUGCUUCCUGCCUCGGGCAGAUCAUCCCACCUCUUUUAUACAACAGCAAAACACACUAUUUUUGUUAGUCCUUAAAAACCUGAGGGGAACAAAUCCACAUCUUGACCUUAAUUCCAUGGGAUUGGAGAAAGAUACAGGAGUAAGGACAAAAUUCUGCUCGAUGCUGCCACCCUUUGAGGUGUGGGUUUGGGGGGGUGACGUUAGACCCUGCUGGGAAGUACCUGGAGUUGGUGGCUCAGGGGUUUGAUGGUGUUUGACCCAAAGGGAGCUGCUCCAGGGGGGAGGGAGCAGAGCACAGCCACAGCACAAUGUUCCCUGGGGUUUUUGUAAGUCACCUGUAAACGUGCGGCGCUGCGGGGCGCUUCUUUCUGGGGCUUUUGUUUUAAAUUAAGAAACUUUCCUGUCGUUUUUAAA